AUGCCUGAAACUGCUCGUCACAUUCCUCCUGUGCUUUCCAUUGAUCCAAGGUUGUUCCCCAGGCUUAAAGUUUCCCAGAAUUCUUUCAGGAAACGUCCCAGUUCACACUCUAGCCCUAGCUGUAAUGUGUCUUUAAAAGAACAGGUUGCUCAAGACCAUGCUUCCAAAACCACACGUACACUUUCUCCAUUGGAAUCAGCCAGCCGUGUUCCUGCUCCACAGAGAGCUAGCUCAAAGCGAGGAGCUAAAGUGUCCAACACUGUGCGAAAACAGUAUCUUGGCUUUUUUAUUGAGGAGUUUUUGAAGACCUGUUCAUCUCGACAAGCAGCAGUUAAAAAGGCUAUGUCUGAAGAAAAAGUUAUUUUUGAACGUAGUGCAAACAAGUUCAUGUAUUUGAAUGUAGCUGUGCAUGCACUGAAGAUCUUGAAGAAUCUGGCGAAUCAAGGACCAAUGUCUUCAGAUGGUUGCCAGUCCUCUAAAAGGAAGAGACUUUCAUCAGGAACAAUUCUAGAAGGUGCUGCACUUUAUAGUGCUCUCAAGAGCUAUGUCUUAACUGAAGAACAGUUGAAGGAAAAUGGAUAUCCUCGCUAUGACCCUGAAAACCCAGGAACUGCUCUACUGUUCAAUGGCGAAGUAAAUAAAUAUAUUGCUGACUCAUUAAUCCAGGUUUGUUGUCGUUGUGGGAGACGAUUCUCUGUAACACCUGAUGGGAGUUACAUCUCCAAGGAAGAAUGUAGCCACCACUGGGGUAGGACAAUAAGACGGCAAGUCUCUGGUGGAUGGGAUGCUCGAUACAGUUGCUGUGGAGGAUCCUUGGGCUCUGUUGGAUGUCAGCUUGCUAAGUUACAUGUCUACAAUCAAAAAGAGAACCUUAAUGGCUUUGUGAAGACUUCCCUUAAACUGCUCCCACUUGAUGGGAAUCCUGGUGUUUAUGCAGUGAACUCUGAAUUGUGCUACACUAAGCAAGGAGGAACACUUUCUCAUGUAAGUGUGAUCAGUGCCAAUCUUGAAGUGGUUUAUGAUGUGUUUGUUAAACCUGACGAUGAAGUGAUUGAUUUCAACACCAGGUUUUCUGGUGUGACUCGAGAGGAUGUGAUGAAUGCAAAAACAACUCGUUCUGAUGUUCAUUCGGCAUUACUGACCAUGUUCAGUGCUGACACCAUUUUGAUUGGCCAUAGUUUGGACAAAGACUUGCUUGCACUGAAGCUUAUUCACAGCAUGGUCAUUGAUGUAUCAGUCGUGUUUCCACAUUCCUUAGGGUUACCUCACAAACGGUCCCUCAGGAAUUUAAUGGCAGAAUACCUCAGCCAUACCAUCCCAGAUAAUGUGAAGGGCUCUGAUAAAGCAUCUGCAUGCAUGGAACUCCUGAUGUGGAGAGUGAAGGAGGAUGCGAAGAGCAGGAAGUGGUGAGACUUGAUCGGAAAAACCAUAAGAAGAAUACUUCAGCCUUCAAAUUGUGAUGUCAAAGUGGAUGAUGUACUAAGCCCAUUCAUUGCCUCAUCUAAUUGAAUACAUAGUAUCUUUUUCAAUGUCCCAUUUAUUUGUGGUGAGAGAUGAUGAUAGGGGAGUGGUCCAGAAUACAAUAUAAGCUGGGCUCCUGGAAAUUUGUUGGUAUUUAAAACUUUUGUGCUAAAAGGAGGCCAAUAAAUCUCAUGUUUGAGAUGUACUUGAUUUCCAAGGAAGUUUGAAUUACUUGUGCACUGAUCAAUAUUUGGUAUGUACUGUAUGUAUAAUUGCUGUAAUA